AUGGAAAUUCACUGGCCAGCUAAUGAGGAACAUUCAUGCACACCUGGGACAUGUGGUGAGUACCAUCUGUAUGCGGAUGAUACUCAAAUCUACCUAUACUCCCCUGAUUUGGCACCAUCUGUAUUGGGCCGUGUCACUGAAUGCCUUUCUGCCAUUUCAUCUUGGAUGACAUCUCGCCACCUCAAACUUAAUAUUUCCAAAACAGAAUUAAUUAUAUUUCCACCAGCCAAUAGUAGUUUCCAACCUGAUAUCUCUAUCACUGUUAAGAACUCGGCAAUCAUCCCUACCCCACAAGCUCGCUGCCUAGGUGUCAUUCUUGACUCUGAACUGUCCUUUGUUACCCACAUUCAAUCUGUCUCAAGAUCAUGUUACAUACAUCUAAGAAACAUAUCCAAAAUACGACCAUAUCUUACACAAGACACAGCAAAAACUCUAAUCCAUGCUCUCAUUAUCUCCCGCAUUGAUUAUUGUAAUAGUCUCCUGACCGGUCUUCCCAAACAUAGGCUCUCACCACUACAAUCCAUUUUGAAUGCAGCUGGGAGGCUAAUCUUCCUUGCCAGACGUUCAUCGUCUGCAGAUCCGCUCUGUCAGUCCCUCCAUUGGUUACCGGUAUUCUACCGUAUUAAAUAUAAAAUACUUUUACUCACAUACAAGGCUAUUAACCAAACUGCACCAACA